UAGCCGGUAGGUCGCAGUUAAGCAAUCUGAUUUUUCUACUUAAUCUGAUGCGUGUAAUUUGUGUAUGGCUGUUGUUUAAUGAAUUUAAAGAAGUAUUUUUCAGUUCGGUACAAUAAUACGCGUUUCUUGUAGGAAACGGUACAAGAGGCGACGAAUGUCGACAAGAGUAAGCGAGGGCAGAUAUCUCUGUUGAAGAUCUUCCGUCUGUGCGUUAACUUUUUCUGAUGAGCUUUACCAUCUUGUUUUUUCUGACAGUAAGAUGGCUGUGCAAUUGGACAGUGGGGGAAAGGACGAUUUAAAAACACAGUUUGUCACGCGAGAAGGGACGUACCAGCUCAUGACCCUUUCCGAAUACUCGAGGCCAAACAGAGUUGGUUACACAAAUAAUCAGGGAAGUGCCUCUGUGAGGGUUUCCUUUGUGACUUUACCGGACUCUGCGGAUCCGACUGGUACACAAGGGCUGGGAGAUCGAAUGUGCUUCAACUUUGGGAAGGAGCUUUACGUAUACGUUUACCGUGGAGUCAAAAAGGCGGUCGAUUUAAAUAAACCAGUUGAAAAGAAGUUGUAUAAAGGAACCAAUCCGACUUGCCACAAUUUUAAUCAAACCGCUGCUACAGCUGAGGGAGCCCCACUUCUAGUUGGUUUCUCAACAGGGCAAAUUCAGCUCAUAGAUCCAAUUAAGAAAGACAAUAGUACAUUGUACAAUGAAGAGCGGCUAAUUGACAAAACAAAAGUAACUUGCAUAAAGUGGAUUCCUGAUUCUAGUAACCUGUUCCUCGUCUCGCAUAGUUCGGGCCAGCUUUACCUAUACAACAAAGAGCUCUUAUGUGGCACAACUCCACCACAUUAUCAGCCAUUUAAGUCUGGAGUUGGGUACGCCAUUCAUACUUGUAAGACAAAAUCUACGCGGAAUCCACUUUAUCGAUGGGUUAUCGGAGCUGAUGGAUGUUGUAUAAACGAGUUUGCCUUUAGUCCCUGUGGCACUAAUCUAGCAGUCGUAUCCCAAGACGGCUUUCUUAGGUUAUUUCAUUAUGACACUAUGGAACUCGUGGGCUCUGCGAGGAGUUACUUCGGAGGUUUUCUUUGCGUCUGUUGGUCUCCGGACGGUAGGUACGUCGUCGUGGGCGGUGAAGACGACCUCGUGACCAUUUGGAGCUUUCACGAGAAACGGGUCGUUGCUCGAGGGCAGGGACACCAUAGCUGGGUGAGUGUCGUAGCCUUCGAUCCUUACACUACAUCCUACGGAGAUCACGACCUGGAAUUUAGUGGUUCGGAUGAUGAAAUCAUUACGCAGCAAAACUAUAAUCAUGUUUGCGAAAGGCCGUAUAGGAUUUCCACCACGUCGCAAGGUGGCCAGUCGAAUCGGAAUUCUUGCGGCUCCGAGCUUCGAGUUUCUGGAGGCACCUGCUAUAGACUUGGGAGCGUUUCUCAAGACACGCAGCUCUGUCUAUGGGACAUUACAGAAGACGUAUUGCGACAACCUGUUUGUUCAAAACAGAGGCCAUCUUUUAUAGGCUCGCUGUCUACUACUGGCAAUCCCGCUAGCGGUAAUGGAGCUACCUCAAAUCACUUUUUGAAUCACAAAUGCAACAACGUUCAUAACGUUAACUUGAAGGAAAAUGCAAGUAGCAACGAGGGUGAAAACAGUGCUAGUGCCAAUGCGGCUGUGUCGACGGUCAACUCGCUGACGCAAAGAUUAGCUGGGCUUGGUUUUGGCGAGCGGAAGGGCGAUAAUCACAGGAGGAAUUUCAGCCUUACCAUUAAAGGUAGCACGGGGAGCAACAACUCGGUGAUGCAAGGAAGUGGCGCUGAGAAAUCGGGUAAUAACUCGAACGGGAGCAAUAUUUAUAGUGUCGGAGGAAGUGUAGGCGUAAAUAAAAAGUAUGGGUCGGCAAUGGACGAUCCCAUGAGAUUAAUAGGAACCGUCUGGUGCCCUAGAUUCGACGAGUGUCCAGUGUUGGAGCCGCUGGUUUGCAAAAAGCUGGCUCAUGAAAGACUGACUGAAUUAGUGUUUAGGGAAGAUUGCUUCGUUACAGCGUGUCAAGAUGGAUACGUGUAUACAUGGGCAAGACCUGGUCACAUGGUAGGUCCCCUUACCAUAACCAACACCCUGCAUAGACCACACCACCACAGCCAACCCUACACGAAUAUCAAUUUUGCGAGAUCGAACGAUCUCUGAUGUAUCCUGCCACCUUCUAGCAAUUCUACCUAAUAUGGAGUUUCUUUUCGUUUCAUUUAAAGGAAUUUGUACACAGAGAUAGUGUCUGGGUGUCACCUGUCCUAUCUCAUUUUUUUUUCAUUGUCUACAAUUUUUGUAGAAAAAAGUAUUGUAAUUAGGCAAAAUAACGUUUCUGAAAGGGAUGAAGUGCAACUAAAUUUUUUUUAAAUGUACGACGAUAUAAAAUUGAAGUAAAUUGUCAUCGUGCAUGCACCCUUUCACUGUAAAAAGACAACAAAUUGACAAAUUCUGCUAGUAAAACAGCUGAGUUUGGUAUAUCUGUUUACCAGUAUUACCACUUUUUAAUAAGAGAUAAUAUAUAGGGGAUUUCGUUCUAAAACGGCUAGCUUUGUAAAAGUAACGUAGUUGUUUUGGUAUAUUAGAAGACUGAGAGUAAUUUGGUUAAAGGUUACUUUAAUGUGCAUUUGAAAUUACCGAACAUUAUACGUUUAAACAGAAACGUUAAAUAAAUAAAAAAUUGCGAAAAGAUU